CUAAUGUGGGCACGCUUUGGCUUUGGGUUUCAUAUUCAAACAUCCAGCAUCUGUAGGGAUCGUGACAGGAAGUGCCGCCUGAGAAGUCCAGCUCAGGGUUACAGCUGCCCUGGUCGCCACUGAGUUACCAAGGAGACGUGAGCUGUGGUGCUAGUCACCGUUAGCCGUUAAGCUAGCUAACCGUUAAACUCGGAGGAGGGGAGGAAAGAGGACCUCCUGAGCUGCAUGUUUUUGUGUAAGAGGACAUUUGUGACAUGGCAGAGCUGCACAUUAUCGGCCAGAUCGUUGGGGGCACUGGUUUUCCUCAAAACAGCCUCUUCUGCAAAUGGGGAGUUCAUACGGGAGGAGCAUGGCGUCUCCUGUCUGGACUGAAGGAGGGUCAGACCCAAGUGGAUAUCCCUCAAGUAGGAGACAUGGCGUACUGGAGUCACCCGAUAGAUCUGCACUACGCGACUAAAGGACUCCAAGGCUGGCCGAAGAUUCAUCUCCAAGUGUGGCAUCAGGACUCUUUCGGUCGCUGCCAGUUGUACGGGUACGGCUACUGUCACGUCCCCUCCAGCCCUGGGCAUCACCGGAUAAGCUGUGUGACCUGGAGGCCGCUCGGCUCCUGGCAGGAGCAGUUGGCUCAAAUGUUCGUCGGCGGAGGUCCCCAGCUCCGCAGCCCGGACCUCAUAUACAGCGGGGCGGACAGAUACAGGCUGCACACCGAAGCCAUGGGGACCGUGGAGCUGGAGCUAGGCGUUAUCAUGAGACACUUUGACAAAUAUGGCGUCGAGAGUUAACACUACGACAUGAAAGGGACUAUAUAACUCCAUCACGAUUGUACAAUGUGAAGGCUGAGGUCUGACUUGUUUUUAGAUAAGUUUUUCACUUUUUUUCUAUAUUGCAUUUGUCAUUUUCUAAUAUACUAGUGUAUGUAAAUAAACCAUCUUAUUAACGAA